AUGGAUUCGCUGUAUCCAACCACUAUCCCCCUCGAAUCGGGCAGCAACCGACCCAUCCGAGGGCCAUACUCGAGCGUCACCAACGCUGUCCACAACCCUCAGCUGGACUCUCUUCCGAAGGACGGCGAGUGGCCGCCCGUCCCCGAGAGUGAACCGAGCACCGGGGCCUCUGACGCGUCUGGUGAGCAGGAUGGUCUCUCCAGGCAGGACAUCCAAGCUCCCACUGCCGUGAGCCCCGACUUGGCCUCGCAAAAACAUGAGGCCGGUCCUGCCAACAGAGACCCUGCCCACUUCGAUGGCAAGGGCAACUCCAGCUCGGGCUCUGCAUGCUUGCCGGCUGGCGAGUCUUCGAACGGACCGGCCAAGCCCAUCGAUGCCGAGCUUGAAGUCUCCCACAUGGCACCUUGGGUUGAUGAUAGCCUCGGUGGUCUGAAGAAGAAAUAA